GGCAAUUUUGCAGCGGCGGCUCCCCAGUUUUGUCUGCUCCCGCACUUCUCCACUCUCCACCGCCGCCGCCGCCACCGACGCAUACCCUCGCCGUGCGCCUCGUCCUAUUCCUCUCCACCGGCGAUGCGGCAAUCCCGUCGGACAGUACGCCAGAAGCUGGACUCGUCCCCAUCCCCUGCACCUCGUGCCACCGACGCUGCCUCUCCCAUGUCAAGCCCCAGCCCGAGCCCUAGAAGCCCUGGCUCCGCCAGUCCUCCGCCAACUCCGGCGCCGGCGGUGAUAGUCCCUCCGGACUGGGCAUCCGCCAACGCAUUUAUCUCCUCCGAACUCUCGACUCCGGUCGUCCUCGUUUGCGGCCCCACGAACUGCGGCAAGUCGACCUUCUCCCGCCUCCUCCUCAACUCGCUGCUCCCCAGGCACGGAAGGGUCGGGUAUCUGGACACCGACGUGGGGCAGCCAGAGUUCUCACCGCCGGGUUGCCUCUCGCUACACGUCGUCGACGAAGCUAUCGCUGAUCUGCAGAACCCUGUUCUACGACAGGCUGAAAGGUGCUUCUUCUUUGGUGAUACAUCUUCAAAAAGAGAUCCAGAAACAUAUCUGAACUCUUUAUUUCUCUUGUAUACCUACUUUGUUGAAAAAUAUCAAUGUACUGGGAGUGAAGUGCUUCCUUUAAUUGUCAACACUCCUGGAUGGGUGAAAGGUACUGGUUUUGAUAUGCUUGUAGAGAUGCUAAGGUAUAUAUGUCCCACAAUUGUUGUUCAGAUACGCACCAGAAGGCAGAGAAAGAAUCUCCCUGAUGGAAUGUUUUGGUUGGAUGAUGAGCAAAUGGGACCUAAAGUGAUUAAAAUUGAUGCUGCAUGUCACGAUUCCUUAUCUAUAUCAUCGUUGAAGAGGAAAGAUGGGGGUGGAAUGCGUGAACGUCGGCUGGUAGAAUAUUUUAAGCAAUGUUUUUCAAGUGACAUAUCAGUAGCAACAAAUAAAGAGCUUGCUUAUGCCUUAGCAUCACUCCCACCCUAUGAAGUAUUAUUUUCAGAUGUCAAAGUUAUACAUCUUCAUUGCGAGGUACCUCGUACAGAGAUAUGGCGUAGUCUUAAUGCUACUAUAGUUGGCUUGGCAAUUAGUUCUGACACACCUGAGACAGCCCAUGCAAUUCCUUGGUGUGUUGGUCUUGGUAUUGUCAGAGGUAUUGAUGUGCAACGAGGUCUGUUAUACGUGAUCACUCCUGUUCCUGUUGAGCGUCUUCAAAGUGUAGACCUGCUGCUGCAGGGGCUCAUCCUGAUACCGAGAUCUCUUCUGCAGGUCAAGGGAUGUGUUUCUCCGUACAUGUCCACAAAUGUGCGGGAUAAGAUAACAGCGAAGGAUUUGUACGCAAAGAAUCUAAAUAGCCCUCUGGUCAGAGAGAACGGCAAGUCCGAUUCUGAAGCAGACAUGUAGAAUGCAUCAUGUUCGUCUCUUCGUCUAUUGAUAUCUGUGGCUCAUAAGUAUGUUUGACAUGUUGGAACAGAAAAUUUUGACAGUAGGUUUUGCUUAUUUUAUCUACCCGCUAGCAAUGUUUUGGCCCUGUCUGAAGAUUGUCUGCCUGUUGCUGUGUGUGCCCCAGUGAUAAUCCUCUGUAUCUAAUUACUAACCUAUUUCUCUCAGCAUUUUAGUGUCUAUUUUUUAAAGUGGUUUUUAUCUA